AUGGGCAAGCUCGUACAGGGAAUUGGGAAACUUGACGACGAUGGCGGCACAACUAGCGUGCCAGCAGCUGACAAUGUUGCUCGCCCAAGCAUUGAACAUUCAAGGGAAAGGCGCGAUGCCGGUGUGAAUGACCCCCGCACACUUCCCAGUGAUGAAGAAUCUUACCAGUCGGGGAGUGACACAGACGAUGGCCAUGAAGACGAGAGUGAAGGAUCAGACGGUGGUGAAGGGGACUCCGACAGCGGUGAUGAUGAUGGUGAUGGGAACAUGCAUGGAGAGACCAACAGUGGCGGCGAUGAUGCGCAGGACCAGGAGGAUGAGCAAGAAGAAACACGACGGGAGGAAGCAGAGGUAGAGGUUGGAGACCUUGAGACGGAAGAUGAGAAGGAGGAUGAAGAUGGGGACGAAGAAGAAGAUGAGGAGGCUGACGUGAACAAACAUGAGGAGGACAAGGAGGGCGACGAUGACAAUGAUGGUGGUGGCGGGAAUGGGGAGUCUGCUGACAAGACCACUGGCAGAGGUCAUAGUGGUGGCACUAAUGAAGAUCGGGCCAAGGAUGGGAGUCAUGAGCCAGCUGAAAACGACUCCGAAAGCGAAGAGGGUGCAUCUAUGCAGUAUUGGAUUAAGAAGAAACAAAACACUCAAGAGAUUGAAAGCCCAGAACCAUUUUCGUUAUUGGAUCUUGUCAAGCUAGAUGUCAGAAAGGAGGGUACCCCUCCUGACAUCCCGAUGCUGGAAGUUGCCUAUGUGUCAGAAGGUUUACCUGUUGGUUGGGAAAUGAAACGGAUUUUAAGAAAACAUUUGAAUUCAGACUGGAAGAUAUCUGCCCCCGAAAGACACGAAUCGAACUGA